CGGCGCCGGGCCCCGGAUGCAAGAGGCCGGCGGAGGGACGUCAUUGUUCCCCGACGGCUGUAACUGUAGGCGGAGCGGACCGGGCUGAGGCGGGGGCUGCAGCGAGGGGGACCCGGCAGCGCCGAGUCAAGAGAGACCGAACCAGAUAUGAACAAUGACCAUAGUUAACAAGCCAAAAUCCUCAACAUCUAAAAACUCGUCAUCAAGGCGGCCCGACAAAUCAAACAAACCCCGUACGAAGAAAAUGACAUCACGCACCAUGAACUUGGGCCGUGUACCACCCACAGAAGAUCCAAACAAAGUCUCUAUGGACAAAGGACCAGGAGGCUCUAUUUAUUGUAGGACAUCUCAAAAACCUAAGCCUUUUGGCCAGAGAGAGCUAAUUGUUAAUGAUGGAAUUGCCCCACCACAAAGAAUUCUUUUUCCACCUGAGAAAAUUUGCAUGGAUUGGCAACAGACACUAAGUGUUGGAGUUGGACUGCAGAAUCUGGGCAAUACAUGUUUCCUUAAUUCUACUCUACAGUGUUUAACCUAUACGCCUCCUCUCGCCAAUUACAUGCUUUCACUUGAACACACCAAGUCAUGUCAUGAAAAAGGCUUCUGUAUGAUGUGUACAUUGGAAGCUCACAUUAACCAGGUCCUGUGUUGCUCUAACAAUGCUAUCAAACCUACAUCUGUUAUCAAUGGCCUUAAAAGAAUAGGAAAGCAUUUCCAUUACGGCAGUCAAGAGGAUGCACAUGAAUUCUUGUCCUUCACUGUUGAUGCUUUGCAGAAAGCUUGCUUGAAUGGAAGCACCAAGUUGGACAUAUCUUCUCAAGCCACCACACUUAUUUAUCAAAUAUUUGGAGGAUACCUAAGAUCCCGAGUAAAAUGCUUGAACUGCAAAGCCGUUUCUGAUACGUAUGAACCAUUCCUUGAUAUUACUUUGGAUAUAAAGACCGUUACGUCUAUCACUAAGGCUCUAGAACAAUUUGUGAAACCUGAACAACUGGACGGAGAAAACAGCUAUAAGUGUAGCAAGUGUAAAAACAUGGUUCCUGCCUCCAAGAGGUACACAAUACAUCGCUCCUCCAAAGUUCUUACAAUAUCACUGAAAAGAUUUGCAAAUUUUACUGGUGGCAAGAUCAACAAGGAUGUGAAAUAUCCUGAAUAUUUGGAUCUUCGAGCGUAUAUGUCCCAAUCAAUGGGAGAACCACUCAUCUACGCUUUAUAUGCAGUUCUUGUUCAUUCUGGUUUCAACUGCAAUGCAGGACACUAUAUCUGCUUCAUAAAGGCCGGCAAUGGAUUUUGGUAUCGAAUGAAUGAUGCCAUAGUGGAGCGUUCUGAUAUCAAAACGGUUCUCAAUCAGCAAGCUUAUUUACUUUUUUAUAUCAGGCGCUACGAUCUGACACUUGGAGAACGUGGUUUUUACUUACCAGCAACUUCUUAUCCCCGUUCAUUCCUUGGUCAGCGGGGGCCUAAUAGCAAGCAGGCUGGAUUUAUGGGACCACGGCUUCCUCCUCAUAUGAUUAAGAAUUCAAGUCGCUUAAAUGGAAAUGGACCCCUAAAAGAGGAUACAAAUCCUGUUGGUAUCACCAUAAAAAGGCCAUCUUCAGCUCCACCAACAGCUUGCAUUCAAAACUGGGCCAUUACCAGGCCUUCAACUACGGAUCCAUCAAAAGCCCAGAAGAUCACUAUCAGUAUUCAUAACAAAUUGCCUGAGUGUCAGACUGUGUCACAACCUGACUGUCUUACCAGUGCUUUGGAGAAUGAGGAUCUCAGCAAGGCUGUUCCUUCCUCCACAAUUACAAAUUCUCUCAGAGCAGAGUCUACCUCAAAUGCAUCUACAGUGGCAGUUACUGCUAACAUUUCCAAACAGGAAGUUCCUGAUGAAAUGUUUGUAGAGCCAGCAGUGAAUGGAAGUCCUACGCUCGGGUCUGAUGCUACAGUCGCUUCCAGUCCAGAGUCUUCAGGAAAAUCUGAGGCGUCAAAUGGCGUGUUUAAAAUGAAUUGCAACAUAUCUUCCAACGGAAUUGUAAUAGGGAAGGUAGUCGGCACAUUGCAGAAUUCCCAUUCUUUCUGUGAGAGUGCUGAAGAAGAGAGAUCCCAUCAUGUGCUGCCAAAAAAUGAUUCACUAAAUGGUGCUAUUAGUUUAGAUAAUGGAUCUAAACAAAAUGGACUGAAACUUGAUGAUUUUACUUGCCAAGUCCAACCUGCUAAACCUUCUGAGAUAUUCUUUGCUAAAACAAAUGGAUUGCUUGAACCAAUACCUGUAGCUGAGUCACCGAUUCCUCAAGAAAUAAUCUUAGAAUCCCUGGCCUACAGCCACCUGAACAGGUUGUCAGAGAAAACAAGUGUCCCUGCACCUCAGAAGUCUGAGGGUGAUCAUCUUAUGGAAACCGUAGUGACGGAAACAGUGUUUGUCUAUGAACAAUCCAGGAUGCCUCUUUCCGACCUUGGCUGUGAGAUUGAAAGUACUUUUACUGUAUCAGACUCUGAAACCACCGAAACCAUUGCUACCGAAGACGUUGCUGAAAGUGUUAUAACAAAUGCUGAUAAUGUACAUCCCAGUAUCAACGGUCAGCACAAGGUCAGGAAAAAAUCCUUGGAUACUGAAGAUGAAUACCUUGGGCAUUGUGAGUCUGAAGAAAGUAGAGACAAAGACAAACCAGGAAGACCAAACGAACCUGUACUCUUUGCAAAAGGAGAUCCUUCGUAUAUGAAAGGGUCUCCCGAGAGUGAAGAGAAAUUAUGGCAAACUUCCUCUGUGAAGUCUGACAUUGAAUGUAGUCCUAAAAAACUUGCAUGUCUAGGUGUUACAGAUAAAUGCCAAGAUACAAAGGACAUUUCUAAUAACUACGUAGAGGUACCACCUGUUAAUGACUCUUCUAUUACAAAGCUGGAUAAAGUUCUGGAGAGUCAAUUCUCCAGACAAAAUGAGGGGGUGAAUAAUAAAAAAUGCGAAGAGGAUAAUAGGCAAAAAUACGAGGAGAAGAUACAUGACUCCAAAAAAACUGACAAAGAGCACUACCGAAAGAAGAGACAAUACUCUGACAGUAAAGACCAGAAGCAAAGCAGGAGCAAAGCGGAUGAUCGUUCCUACAAAAGGAGGCGCUCUCGCAGCAUGGAAACAAAUAAGCAAUAUCAUCAUAAGCAGGAUUAUUGCAAUAAAGGCAAGUACAGACCUUCCUAUAAUGAAAGAAACAGUCCAAAUAAUGGCAAAAGCUCAGGAAAAUACUCUCGUUAUAAAUCCCGCAGCAGAGAAAGAACGGAACAAGACAGGAAUAGGUAUUACCAUUCCAAAGGAGAGAGGACUUGGAACAGGGAAAGAUACUACCAAGAUGAAUUACGGAGAUGGGAAAAAUGCAGAUAUUACAAGGAUUAUUACUCUGUUCAUGGAACAGGAGAUGGUAGAGAGAGGAAGUCGUCUCAUUUUGAUAAAGCCUUUGACAAAUUGAGUCAAUUCUACAAAUCACAUAGGGAUUAUCACUGCAAGAGCAGAUGGGCUCACAACACUCACUCCAGAGAGGAAGGAGCCCAUCACUUGAGUAGCCACAGAGAGAACUUCCGUCAUUGUUCACUACCUCUGCAGCAGUCUGAAAAACACUCUCGGGAAGGGCACGCACCUCCACCUGCCUCAGCUCAUGCACAAUUUGACAACUCUUUCUGGGAAAAUGAGAAACUGAGGCUUGGCAAGAAGAAAUAUGGCGACGCAGAAGGAAGCGAAGCUGAAGUGGAAAAGAAACGCCGCAAGAUAGAUGACCAAAGAAUGAAAAAAGAUAAGAAGGUCAAGAAGAAAAAGAAGUCCAAAGAUAAAUAUCGAGAGAAGGAUUACAAACUUCAGGAUUUGGAUGGCCUUGUGUUCCGCAUUGACAAUGACAAUCGCAAACGGAAGAAAAAGAAGAAAAAGAAGAAACAUAUCAGGAAACUGAAAGACUUCUCAGAAUAUUUAGAUUCUCGUCUCGAGAAGACGACGCAGGAGAAGAAGAGAGUGCCCAUUUUUUCAGGCAACUAUUUAUGUGAGCAAUACAGAGGCCAGGGCAGUGAAAAAACAUACAAGGACAGGAAGCCUUCUGGGGCAGGUGACAACAAGAAAUACGGCUUCAUCCCAUCCAGUAAGUAUGUGAACGAUGCAAAGCUCACUGAUGGAAUCCUUCAAUACCCAACCUAAUCCUACCAACAAAAUCAACUACUUCUCACCCUCAGUCCCGACUUUUUACCUUCAACAUCAUCAACCCUUUACCUUCAAAAACGAUGACUCUUUACAUGGAACUCGACAUUACCAAUAUUGACCAUCAAAACUUAGAAUUUAUUAUUGAAACAUUUACCAUCAAGACAAAAUCCAAUCAUAAGUGGUGCUUAACAUUUCUGUACAGAAUUUUACCAUGAAAGACUUUUUUUUAGUUUUUAACUUGAGACUUUGUUUUUUAAGAUAAUCCAAAAGGGUGGAAACUUUUUACAACUGCUGAACAUUGUAAACUACCACAUUAUGUUCUCACACGUGUGAGAUAAGGCCCUGGAAUAGACCAUCUCAAAUGCUGCUUAUUACAGGCUCAGGUUGACUUUAUGUUAUUCAUGUAAUGUUACUCCAAGUUAGACACCUGGUGCAAGAGCAACCAGGGAUUACAAAAAUUGCAACUGACAGUCUGUAUAUUUAAUUUAAAGACUUAUUUAAUAUUUCUCAAGUAGAAUUUUUUUGCAAGAGCUUCAUUUUCUUUCCUGUUCUGUCGGACACUAGGAUCUAAUGUACUUCAUAUACGAGUUAUAUUCAAGAUCUGGAAGAAAAUCAUCUGGUUCUCAGCAUUGUGAAACAACAGAUAUGCAGUUUUGAAUGUAUUUCUCAAGAUGAUUUGUAAUACUCUUCCGUAUGUUUUUAUUACAUUUUCUUAAUAUACUGUCACUUGUCUGAAGUCUCAGUUGUCUGGUUUUGUCUCUCUAAAGUGGCUAGCUAAAGACAAAUUCAUACUGUGAUUUUAAUUUUUGUUAUUAAAUGCUAUCAAACUGUGAUGCACUUAUUCACUGGUCCUGCAUCAGGAGAUGAGUGGGGAACCUGUAUUAAAUACAGUUCAUCUGAAUAAUCUGUCUGGUUUAUACAAGCUGUGUUGUUCAGAGAUGUCUAAAGUUUGAUCUUUGUUUUUUUAAAGAUAAAAAGCACUUGCCCCACUGUAAAUAUAUAGCAUGUAAAAUUUAUAUAGUAUAUAAAUACAGCAAAGUUAAAAUGGA